AUGGUUUUAUUUUCCAAUGGUUAUGUUUUUCAGACUUUUUGCGUUAAGUCUAAUUUUUUUUAUUAAGUCAGUUUUUCCUUCUCCAGUAGGACAAUAAGGCGAAAUUGAUUUUUCAAAACAUUUGAAGACUUUCAAAAAAUGAAAAAUCUUGAACUUCUUGGCCUAUCCUCUUAUUUAUCAUUAUAAAAGAUCAUAAAGCUUCUGUUCAGUGGUUAAAUAAAAAUAUUUUUUUUUUCAAAUUUCUUUUUUUAAAUAAAUUACGUUUAUCCUCACACGUCAGGAAAUAUCUGAUAGAGAUAAAGAUUGUUAUCAACCCACGCGAAUGAAUCCGUAUGUCGCAUUAGUCUACAACCCAGAGUUCUCCUAUCCAGAGGCUUAUUUCGCCAUAAGUAGUUCCGCUGAUUUUCGAAAAAAUUAUAAGCGAAAUGAUUUGAAAUUUUCAAGUUUUUUUUGUUCAACUUUCUUGCCUUUUCUGUCAUUCCCGUCUGAAAGUCUAGUGUUUUUUGCCGAGAUUUAUUCUGUGAACAAUCUGUCGAUUCGAUGCUGAAAUGUAAAAAUAUUUCCAAGGAGAAUUGAUUUUUACACGGAAUAGAUGUCAUGUUGUACUAGAAAUGGGAGGUUAAAAAAAUUUGUGAAUGACGACGAGAGAAGGAAUCUAAGCUUGCGUGGGAGCUAAAAGAAGGAAUUUUUUCCUCGCUCCAUCAUUCUUUUCAUUAUUUUAGUCUGCAAAAAUAUUUUCACAACUCCCACCCGAGAUCCAUUUUUUCGUUCUGAACUUAUUUUCUACUUUUUUUAUUUCAUGUUUCCAGAAACGUCGUACGGAUGGAUACAGGAUAGGUCAGCAAACUGGAUUUCAUUUUAAAAGUUAGUUCACCUUUUUUUCUGAUGAAUAGCGAAUAAAUUGAAUUCGAAACGUUCUGAAGGUUGUGAAAAAUAAAUUUAGUUGAGAAAAAUAUACACAAAGCGGAGACGAACUUCAUAAUGGAAUGUUCGAAGAGAGGCGCAUUGUUCAAGUUUUUUCUGAAAAAAUAAGAUCUCUCUCAUUUCAUUCGAGAACAUGUCGCAUGUAUUCAGAUAUCUUUACGCAGUCGAGUUUCCAUUUAAGAGACUGGAGUUCUUUUUUUUCCUUGUGGUUUUUUUUGUGUUGUAAGCCAGGAAGCAAAGGUGUCAGAAAAAGCUUAUAAGGUUUUCCAAACAACAGACGUGGGCAAACAAAUUCUGGGGAAGGAUGUCAUUUGAUUCGGAAAGCAAUGAAGUUCCAUGAGUUUAUGAGAAUUUUAUGAGUGAUUUACAUGAGUAUUGUGUGAGAAAAUGGCGUACCUCGGCUUUUUUUUGCAGAAAAUCCGAUUCGGACGCUCGAAAGCGGCUCGGCAACGGCGGAUAGACGAAUCGUUCAACGUCUUCGCACGUCGAAACCUCAAUCCACAGCCCAAGUCCGUUUUACAGUGUUAUAAUGGGGAAAAAUAAUGAUAGUGGGAGGGUUUUCAUCAAGUCAAAGAACAAUAAAAAAACCAUAGACACAGUAAUCGAUGACUUAUGUAAAAAAGUGAAAUAGUUUGAAAAAAAAAAAUCAAAAAAGAGAAGUCAGGAAGGUGGAGGUGAAGAAUGAAGCAACGGUUUGACGGAAAUCUUAGCGGUAAAACCGGAAGGAAGAAAUUGAGAGUUUGUAGUUAUAAUUUCCCAUAGAAAUCUUGUUUUUCUGCUUUCAGACUCACUCAAAUCCUCAUUGAACGUAUUGACAGAUUGCUCAAAACAAUGCAUAAGAUAUAGCAAUGAAGCAAAGAACCUAGGAUUGGAGCGGCAGGGAUAAAUUUUCUCUAAUAUUUUUUGUUCCUUUUGACUUUUGGGUUUUAAAGCGAUUGUGUGGGUUUUUAUUUUUAUUUUUUUUCAUUCCGCAUAUUUCAAGGAAGAAAAAUUUCCAAUUGACUUGAAGGUUGCUUCCUCUCAAUUAUUUCUAGAAUAAGGUCAGCAACAGCAUCAUGUUGAAUAGGUCGAAUUAAAACAGAUUAUUUUUUGGUAAAAGAAGGGCGAUUUUACUUAUAGCAACGACUUCGUUCUUUAAAAUUUUUAAGAUUCACUCUCUCUUUAUGUGCACUGAGAAAAAAAAAUUGUGAGCUAACAAUUAUGGUCAAACUGAAACCGAAAAUUUUUUUUUGAAAGAUGCAUAAAUUCUCAAAGGUAAAUGGAAAGAAAACUAAUAAUAUUUUACGCUAAAAUGAAUAAGGAAGUGAGAGAAAAAAUGUUUCUUCGUUUAUUGCAAAGGCAGCUGUACCGCAAAGUCGGUUGCUUAUGAGAGUUGCACGUGUCGUCAAGGCCUUAGAAUAAACCUGGCAAUUAUAAACACGAAAAAAAGACGAGAGAGAGAGAGCUGAACUUGGGCUUUUCGCCCUCGGAACACCCCAUUCUAUCAGUUUCAGUGAUAUUAGUUGCGCAUUCUUUGAGCUUAGGUAUUCUUAUUCCGAAAAACUUCCAAUUUAGUAGAGAAAAAUCUCAGAAAUGAAUGAGAAUGAGACCGAAAAAAAAGUUCCAGGAAAUCUUUACGAAUUUUUUAGGCUUAGAAAUAUACGGAAAAAUGUUCAUUUUUGAAUAGUCAGCUUGGAAUAAUUUAAGAAAAUGAGAAGAAAUUCUGGAACCUUUUGGCGUGGAUGCCGUGCAGGCCCUCAAUCACACUUGAAGGCUUCCAGGCCGGUCUCAUCCAUCUUUGGCUUUCCGAUUGGAAUGAUAUUGCGAAGGCUAGGUCUCAUUAGAGGAUAAAAUCACUGUUUACAUUUUGAUUUCAUUCUUAUUUCUUCAAAAACAAGAAAAUUCAAUUCGGGCUUUAAAAAAAGAGCAUGUUUACAAAAUUUUUUAAUAUUUUAUUUCAGAUCUAUGUCUGUUUUUUUAUGAAAAUACAAGUGUGAAUUUAAUAUAUAUUUCCUAUUCUGUAAUGAUCUACUUUUUUUGCAUUUAAUAAUACUCUUAAGAGUGAAUAGCGUUGAUGGGUUCGGUUCUGUUUGACGAACCGUGAGAUUUCGGGCUUCUUGAGCCUGAAAAGGAGGCGUGGCGAAGACGUCGUUCGGCUUCGUUCCCACACCCUCCGGAUCCUCAAUUUGCUGUCAAUUCGGGAAAAAAAAUAGUCAUAGAGUUCCUUUUUCAGUUGAAUGUUGCCCGCUUUUUCAAAAGGAAAAUUGAGGAGCUUUUGGCAACGAUGUGAAGUCAAACUUCCGUUUUGAAAACUCGAUUAACUUUCGAAAUUAUUGUUAUUUGUAGCUCGAAAUGAAGCGGUUUUUUGAAUUUUAAUUAUGUGGUUUUAUGUAUGUACAAAUUCGGGUAGAACUUAAAAUGUUUCCCUUGCUUUUAUUAAGAUCAUCUUGUAUUAUUUUGCGCAUUUUUUUUUCAGUUUUAAUUCAAAAUUCCUGAAUUUAAAACUGUUAGUUGCGAACUAGAACUUCGACGUGAGUUCAACAAGGAAAUACUCGAUCAUAACAUCCAAUGAAAGCCUAACUUUAAUCGUGUCACUUUUAUGAUAUGAUUCAUGAGCAAAUUGAAUGAAUGUAAUAAAAUAAUGUAGGAAGUAAGUGCGAAGAGACAUUCGUUUCCUUCGUGAAUAAGUUGAACUGCUAGUAUACAGCUUCAUUGCGUUAGAUAAAGAGUUUUCAAAAUUUCAAAUCUACUUUUCUCAUUCCCUUCUCUUUUUUUUCUUAUCCACUUUUUUCUUUUGUACAAACAGAAUGAAGUUUUGACGUAUUUUAUCACUCUGAAAAAUUUCAAUUGGUAAAGAGCUUUUUAUGUUUGCCAACACCACUUAUUUUUCGCUCGAAAACUCUUUCUGGAAGCUUUUCUGUAUUAUAAAUGAUCAUGAAUACAUUUUUGUAAUCUUUCGCAACUUGUGAAUUUUUUUAUUCGUUUCUACCGUUGUUUCUACCUCUAUAGUGAAGUUUACUCCUUUUGAGCUUCAAAGUGGCGUUCCACGGCUUUCUGGGUGUCCGAUCGCGGAUGAAUCGCGCCGGGCCGCGUCGCAAGGGUUUUCGCUCACGGUACCUCAGAUUUUUUCGAAGAAAAAUCUUUAUAUGGAAUUCAAUAGAGUUGUUAUUGGACGUAAUAGAAGAAUCACCUAUAAGAGCGGGAGAAAUCCAACGCGUCCAAUUAAUUCCGACGCGAUUUCUAGCCCACGCUUCUAUCUCUCUCUCUCUCUCUCUUUUUUGAAUUAUUCAUCAUUAGUAGAUCAAUGGACUGCACUGAAAGUCGAAAAACAGUAUUUUUCUGUCUUAAAUGCGAAGAAAGAAAUUUUUUCCUGAAAUAUUUACCGACGUUGCCUAGUUAGAUGUUUCACGGCUUCAAAACGAAAAUUCGCGACGUCAGUCCUAUUUAAUGGUUCACUGUAUAAAAGCUCCCUCCUGCUAUGUAUAACUGUCCGAGCCUGCAAAAGAGAGAGGUUUUUUUGAAUUUUUACAAACAAAUAUAAUUUUCGUAGAAAAGUUGCAACGCGCGGCUUGAAGUUCUGCAUCAAGGCGUUCAAACCAGCGAAAAACAGGGAAUAAAAAAUUAGAUAAAUGAAAAUUACCAGAAUUGUAGUACGUUUCCACAAGCUCCUAUAGAGGAUUUACCAAGUGGCGAAAAAAAAAACGGAAAAUAAAAAAAUAAUACAAAAAAAGAAGUGUGUUUUUGAAGGCAUGACCCCUGUUUAAACGAAUCUUCAAAUCAACCAGCUCAAUGAUCAGAAAGUUUAAGCGGAAACGCCAACGGCACGACCAAGGAGCCAGUGGAGCCGGUGAUGGCUCGCGGCGUCUGCGUCCAUUCCGUUCUCCCGUUCCACUCGGCCACCUCAGUCGAUCACUUGGGUGAGUCGCUUCUGUGUCAAGUUUUUACGACAGUCAUACACCGAAGCACUUUUUUACUCGAUUUAUUGGCUUUUUAAUAUAAAAAUAGCAAUGAAACGACUAUGCACGAAAAACUUGCCCUUUUAGCUCUCAACUUUUAACCUUUUUUCUCAUCCAAUUUUCAAGGGAAAUCCCCUGAAAUUCACUAAAUAUAAGUUAACUCUGGCGCUGCUGUUUUUCAACUUUCUUUCUAUUUUUUGUAAAUAUACAUUUAAAAGUUUCGCCUAAGUGAUGUCAAGAUUCGACGUUGAAGAGCUUUUUGUUUGCAGCAAAAGGGAUAAAUGCUGUCUAUGGGUCAUUCUCCAAGACGCUUGUUUUCGAAGCCUGAAAAUUCCGCGCGAAUCUUAAAAAAUCGGAAAGUCGAUAACAGGUUUUUCAACUAACCAACAUAUGUACGUAAUAUCUUCGAUUUAUGCUCAUACAUCUUCAUUUAUUCUCAACCGAUCUCGAAUUCAAUAAAGUUAAGCCAUAAUAUUCGAGGCCAAAUUUCAAUAGAUCGAAAAAAAAACUCUGAUUAUGGUACCAGUUUAGAUUUAUUACUUUUCGUUUUCUUUCACUAGAUGUUAGAUUCAAAACUCAAAUCCGCGUUCCAUGAGUUAGAAGUCAAUUAAGAGAAACAAAGGCCCAGCUGUUAGUAUAUCAGCUUUCAAUUGAAAAUAUAUUUCACACUCACUCCAUCCGGAAACCGAGUUUUGUUUAAAAAAAACGGCAGCCGGUGGCCAUCUGUCGACUCGGAUUUUUAACAGCCCGAGUUCACUCGCACGUGUUCUUCAAUCGCAGAGACACGCAUUUUCUUGUUUUUUUUUUGUCUAGUUUCAUCGCUUUCUAUUUCAUUUAUUCAGUAGUUCCAAAAACGGUCCCGCAAAGGCCUGUCUCGCGAAUAUUUUUUUAUCCGAACUUUUGGACUUUGCACCCCCUCUUGAGAGCAAAAAUUUGAAUUAUUCGCCGAAAUCUUGCCUCUAAAAUUAAAAGAAAUUGGAUCAGCUUUUUUCAAUCAAUUUUAGAUGUUAUUUUCUCGAUUUGAUUGCAAUAGAGCGUAAGUUUACAACUUCUUCAUUUUAAGCAGUCUAUUCGAAAAUUGAGCUUAACUGGGCGAAGUUUUCUUACAGAUGUGUGCAAGAAUAGUUGAAAAGCCACGUGUAAGCCUCGGAGCUCGUCAAUAAUUUAUUUUACUUCUUCAUGAGCCGCCGAGUGCCAGAUGAUUUGUCGAGAAGUGGGGUCUCAUGAUUGAAAUUUCACCACUUUUUGCAUCAAUCUUGAUUCUUUUUCGCACUGAUUUUGCUUUGCAAAAACGAGGAAUUUUUUACUAUCAAGAAGUAUUGAAAAUUUUUCAAAUCACAGAAUUAUUUUUGAUUCUCUUUUAUAUCAAACAACUCAAACUCAACUGUCCUCUUUCUAGCUUUAAAAGGGGAGUUUUUUCCGGAACCUCCUGCAUUUUGAAGAAUAGUUCCUCAUGAAUCACUCAGAAAUCGUGAACUCAGGACCUAUUCAGCGAAAAAGUUACCACUGUGAAUAAUUCUUCUAGAAUGAUCCCUCUAGACCCAUUUUAAUAAGAGGAUAUAGGCGCGAGCGGGAAGCGCGAGAUGCACCGGCAAGCGACGAAUCAGUCGGCGUCGUCGGAGGCGGACGAGUUCACAGCCGAGGAGCUGCAGGAGUUUGCCCAGGCUUUCAAGGUGCAGUCUUGUAAUGAGUUGGCUGGUUCAAAGACGCUUCAGCUUUUCGACAAGGAUGGUAACAACACAAUGAACAUCAAAGAGCUGGGCGUCGCCAUGCGGACGCUUGGCCUGAAUCCGACCGAGGAGGAGUUGCUCAACAUGGUCAACGAGUACGAUGUCGAUGGCAACGGCAAAAUUGACUUUGGUUCGUGAAAGAAGUUUUUCCCUUAGGAAUCAAUGCAUCCAGAGUUGGAGGAUGGCUGCCCAGUGGCCGCCCUGCCUGCCAAGCCAUAAACGCCCAAAAGGCAGAAAUGACUUUUUCAAAAGUCAGCGUGGCGCAACGUUCAUUUGUAAGGCGAAAUCGCCCUAACAUCUAGAAGCGCUUGUUUCUAAAAAUAUAUGAAACUCGUGUACACAAAGAAAUCAGAAUUUAUCAUUGUUAAAAAAUUCGAACAUAACGAUUUUUUAUUUCUUGAGAACUUUCCGACGGAGAAGUUUCCGACUAACCCUUUUCCGACUUUUUUUUUCUAGAUAAACUUUUUUAAAUCUUUUUUUAAAUCUUUUUUAAUCAUACCACCGAAAAAAUCCAGGAACAAACACGCUUUCCACUCUUAACAAGGUGGCCUCGCGUAGUAAGAUUUUCCUGCCAUGUGACUUUUUUGGAAACCAAAUGAAUCAAAAAAAAUACUUUUGCAUCAAUUUCAUGGCAUCUCAAAAUUUUUUGGUCCGAGUAGUUCUCUAGUGAGAUUGAAAAUGUAGCCAAUCGACAAGUUUCAGUGAAAAUUCCUGCUGAAAUAUCUGUUACAAUAAGUUAAAAACGUUAUCACGGAGUUGCGAAAAAAAAAAUUCAAAAUUCACAAAAUUAAUAAUGAUUAGUUCAGGGCGUCAUCGCCACGUGCUUGACCUAGUUGUCAAAGACCACGUAAAUUAAUGGCUCAUUUCUAUCUUUUGGCUAAUUGGCUUGGCUUGGCCGGCAAGCCAAGGGCUGCCUUCCCAAUUCUCCACCUAUGAAUGCAUCAAAUAAACUCCCACGUGGAGAUUUAAAAAAAAUUUAAUUUACACGUUUUUAUUAGAUAAUUAAACAUAAACACUCAAGAAAAAGUCGAAUUUCUUAAAAGACUAUUUUCACUCAUAGGAAAUAAAAGUAAUACACGAACGCUUAAAAUUGAGAUGCGUUCAAACUAUAAAUUUUAUUUACUCCCAGAAGUGUUCUUUCCAGUUUAGAACAACAAAAAUUUGGUUGUUGUUGAAUUUCUUGAGUUUUUUUAUAGAAAGAACUAUAGAAUUUAUUAAUAGAAAUUUAUUAAAAAAAUUUACAAAAAAAGACACUAUAAUCAACCAUGCAUGGAAAAAAUUCAUUCAUUAAAACUAAUUUUUCUCAUCUUCUUAAAGAAAUAAGUGUUCAAAUAAACAAAAAUGUUUGACCCCACAAUAAGAUUAAAAAUGAGGCCACAAAAAAAACAGAGCAUACAAAGAUUACUCAUGUUCUAUAAUCCUAUUCUCAAUCUUCGAAUUUGAAAUUUUCCUCUUGGUUCGUUUUACCUUUCUUUUUUUUAUACUCUUAAAAAUAAGCGCAAAUUAGGUAACGCGAAAAAAAAACUCAAAUUUGUUUUUGAACCUAAGCAAAGAGGAAAAAUGCUGACGAUGGGUCACCCUCUCACGCCGUACAUUUUAAGAUUCGAAAUGGUCGAGCUUUGAUUUAAUUAACAUCUUCAUUUGCUCAUAUUUUUCACAAAUUCUUACAUUUCAGUCCAAAAAUAUAACACCUCUUCAAAGCUCCUUUUUUUAUGCAAAAUAAGGAAAUUUUUUUCAAACAAUCCUUGUAGAAAAAAACGUUGAAAUUGUUCAAUAGUCUUCAAACUUUUUAUAAUUUUUUUAUGAAUCUCCCGGCCUGUGAAAAUUUUCUUUUUUUUUAACUGCACUAGCGCUAUCAUUUUUUCUCUGAACGCGAUUAGAUUCAACUUUUUACCACCUUUUGUAUUCUAAACUUCAUCCCUUAUUGCAGUCUAUAUGUGUUUUCUUAAAGUUUACACAAAUUUCGGGUGGCCAUGUCAAAAUACGAGAAAAAAACACGAGAAAUGCGGAAAGCAUUCGUAGAACGGCCACAUCCUCAGAACACGCUGUUAAACAGUGUAAAAUGACCCGGGUCCGCAAUUUUUCAACAAGUUUUUUUGUUCUUCUCCUUAAGCUUUGUAAAUGUCUCUUUCUAGCGCCUAUGUGAUUUUUGCUUUGCGAGAAUGUCAAUCAUAAAAUAAAAUUUAGUUCCUUUUACUCGAAGAACAGUAAGCUUAAUUCCUUAUUCAAUUCAAUUCUCGCCAGUUCCGAAAUUAUCUCUUACUCUCCAAAAACCAGUUAUCUUUUUUCUCUCUAGCAGCUGUUUUGAACCUUGCGGAACUACUUUAAACACCACGUAACAGAUGAUAAUCAGUUCGAAACUCACUGUAACUCAAACAUUUUUCAGGAGAAUUCUGCAAAAUGAUGAAGGAGAUGAACAAAGAAACCGACCAAGAACUCAUCCGCCUUGCCUUCAAGUGGGUUUUCCUUCUGCAUUUAAGAAUUGGUUUCAAAAAAUAUGUGAGAAGGGAGACACGUCAACCGAAAAAAAGAAAAAAGAAAGUGGGCAUUUUAAUAUUUCAAUCUGUCAAAUUGCAUUGCAUCUGUCAACAAAGGAUUUUUUUCAGAAGGCGCUGAACGUUUUUCAUUUGAACGCGUAGAAGAAAAAUCUAAGAAUAAUUGGAAAGAACUCGAUUUGAACUUUUCACAGCGUAAAAUAAUAAUAAUAAUAAACUUUAUUUCGCUUCGAAUUAACUCGUAAAAACAAGUUGUGGCCGUAAAAACCUGAAGAAAUAUUUACAAUUUUUUUUUGAAUUUGAAGAGAGAUCGCCGAUGAUAUUGCACAUAAGGAUGGAAGAGCAAUCGUUUUAUUUAUAUUUUUGCCGGUUCAAAAAAUAAUGUAUCGGCUUCAGAGUUUUCGACAAAGACGGCAACGGGUUCAUCACGGCGCAGGAGUUCAAGCACUUCAUGACGACGAUGGGCGAGAGAUUCAGCGAAGAAGAAGUUGACGAAAUCAUCCGCGAGGUCGACAAAGACGGCGACGAACAGGUCUCUUUUUUCAGCCAGUAUGGAAUUUUCGUCCCGUUAUUGUAUGUGCAAAUAAAAUUAACUAGAACUCAUUAAAGUAAGAUCAUGGAAAAUCAUAACAAGGAGUGAUAACAAUCAAGUUUCUCCAUCCACAUGCGCUGGGGUAAGAUUGGAUGAACCCGUUUUUAUUGACUUCUGUCUUUGGAGUAAUUAUUGAAUUUUCACCCAUACUCGUAGUUUUUCAGAUUGAUCAGGAGAAAUGAGUCAAUGUUCAGAAUGAAGUGAAUAGUCAUUUAGGAAAAGAUGAUGAUCACAGACUAACAUCAAAUUUACAUUUUAAAUAGAUUCGUGAAAUUUUCAUGCUUUUGAAGGUCUGACUACUUUCUUUCGUGAGUUUUGGAGUUCCAGAUUGACCUGGACGAGUUUGUGAACAUGGUGGCGCCAAUCGUCUCAGAAACAAACAAGACGGAUCCAUUCGCCGAACCUCCAGCCACUACUUCCGCUGUCGCUAAGUGAUUUCUUCUUUUUCCGGCAAUCUAACAAUUUUUCUUCUUCUGAGGGUAUUUCUCUCCCUAAAAUUUUGCGUUUUUCCCUUAAAAAGUUAUUUUCAAGUUAUUUCUGGCUCACAAUGGUUUUAUUUUUCCUCCCGGUGACUUUUUAUAAAACGAGACGAUUAGUUUGAUACCUUCCUUAAAAGUGAGAUGUUUAUAUUAUCAACUUGACAAACUUGAUUUUAAAUCAACCUGACCCGAAACUUGCACCUAUUGAAAGGAUUUUAUGAAAUAUUUAAACUCUCCGAACUAUAUUUUCUUUUUGUUUUUUUCGUGAGCUGUUUGUUCUUUCGAGUACAAAUUCAGUAAUAAUUGCAUUUUGAUUACAAACCUCUUCCUCGAAUCUGCAGGAAUAUGUAUUGCAUUUGUAUUUGGAAUUGUCUCGUAUGCUCUUGUUCAUUCCCACUGUAUAUUUCGAAUGUUCUCUCCCACCCAUUCGUUGUAACUCAGAUGAUCUCCGAUAGAAUAUAUUUACGAAUUCACAACUUGCGUUGUUGAUAUGAUACAGUAAACAUUUUGAAACUCUUGUUUGCUAUCAUUCGUCGAACAACGAAAAGACGGUUGAAAAUUCUGUCUCAUUUGUUAUGUACGCCGAAUAAAAUCAAACUACAAACACAAAUCUGAAUGGCGUUGUCUGCACCUGAUUGACCAUGAGCUUCGGAAUAAAAUGAAAGAAUAAAUUAUAAAUACUUAAAGAUCUCAAGAUCUGCAUAUUUAUAGUUAACCUUUUCUAGUUCAGACAUGUGUUAAAUAAGAAGGUGAACCGAAAAGUUACCUUUAACUUUUGAAACUUCAGAAACCUUCAAGAUUUCACAUUUAGUCAGAAAUUCGCGAAAGUUUUAACGUAUUAGAAAACUGUUAUACUUGAAAUCAAACCUUGGGAAGUUGCCAGUUGUUUUUAGAAAUUUCCUGAAUAGUUAGACUUUGCGAUUGAUGCAAAAGAGAAGUUUUCAGACGCUCAAAAAGUUGGAGUGGAAGUCAUCUCUGAAGAUUUAAGAAUGGAAAAUAGUAUGAAGAGACUCUGAGAACCGAAACAACAGUCUGGCAGAAACACAUGUUUACAGACGGUCGUCGAACAUUAUUUUGAUCGGCAACCUGUUUGAUUUGGCUUAAUACGAGCAGCGGGACUUUCAGAAACACAGGCGAUCAUGGCAAAAGAGGGUAAUCCUUUUUCCGGCGCACUUUCCACGUUGGCCACGCCUUCCGCUCCGCCUCUGGCCACGCCUCUAACUUUCGGAAACAUGGAAAAGAGAACAACACAGGAGAAUAACUCAGAACGAUGCAAAAGCACAAGGUGACGGUCUUCUCGCUGGACUCGGGUCUCGACCGAAUCCCCGAGCAUCCAGAAGCCAAGCCUCCGAAGGAGACGUCGUCUGAUUCUCACAUCUCUCAUGUCUCGGCCUCGUCUUCUGGCUCAGAGAGCAAUCUCGCCUUCCAUGUCAACGACGUUCCGAACAUUCCAGCUCUUCUUCUUUUCGGCUUCCAGGUCAGUUCUUUUUUGAGCUGAACGUUUUUUUGUACAGUCUUUGGUAAAGCGAAGAAGGACUUUUUCAGUUGUUUUUUCCUAACUGUUUGGGCCUUUCUUUCAGAUUUUAGCUCUUUUUUUUUCAUCUUAUUAGCUAUCCAAAGAGCUUCGAGAAAGACCCGUUCAAAUAUUGUGAAUGUCAUUUCGCGUCUCUUUUCAUACACUUAUUUUUUUUUUCUGCUCUUUUUUUGCAUUUAUGCGAUAGCUUGAACUUUCUUUAUGUAUUAAUGGCAAAUUUGCGACAGUCGAUUUCUAUUUUCAAUUUAAAAAGCAUCUUAAAAAAAUCAAGGCUCGAAGAAUCUAGCUCAAAAUUAGGUUAAAGCAUUUAUACGGAUCGUUUACACAAAUAACAAGGAAGAGUGUUUAUCAUAUUUACUUUUCCGAUUCUCGGCGACUUUUCAUGAAUAGGAGAAAAAGUAAUCAAAGUGUUUUUAUUGAACGACAGAGUAGGCAAAACGCAUGUUUUUUGGUCCACAGUCUCACGUGACGCGACCUUUUGAUCCGGUUCUCGAAUCAGUUAUGAUACAACUUUUUCCGAACCGUUAGACUUCCUGGUUGAAAGAGAAGAGCUGAAGAACGAGUUUUUGAGAAGGAAUACGGAUUUUCAGCAAAUGAUGAUCUGCAUAUCGGGUCUUCUGGUGGUUCCUUACCUGGUGUCUAACAUGGUCUGUGCCGGCCCCAACACGGUCGCUCUCAGGUAAAGUUGCAGAAACCUCCAAUUUUCUCGUCUUCUCGUAAAUUGGAAAAGAAGAAGGCCAAAAACACUCUAGAUUUAUCUCGAGUUUAUAUUAUCCUUAUAAAAAGUUAUAAAAUAAACUGGAAAACAAAGAAUUUUUCUGUUCCUUUUUACUUUAGCUUUUUAGCUUUUUUUUUAUUUCUGAAGCCAUUUGAAGAUAUUCGAAUCUUGCAGAGUGAAACUGAUAUCAGCUACCUUCGUCACGUCAGGAGUCGCCACUAUUUUGCAAACCACCCUUGGUCUCAGGUAAUUGAUUCGGAAAGAACCGUGGAUCAAACUAGAGACUUUUGUCACUUAUCCGUCUCUGGAUGUCCAUUCGAAAUUCAAAAAAGCAAAAGGAAUGCAAGUAUUACAUCGUGAGGAAGAUCUUGCAGAGAAAAUGUUUUGUCAUGAGUAAUCCUUCUUGAAACUUGACGCCAUGAAAAACCACCUGUUUUGACGGUAUUCACAAAAUCCUUUUUUACGAUUUUGGCCAGAAAUGCUGCAGAGUUCAGGAAAAUGUUUAUUUGUGAUAAGUGUGUAUGUGUAUCUUUUCGUUUUCAUGUUUUUUAAAGAUUUACAGGAUUUUUUUUUGAAAUUGUCUGUCCGGGGUGAUUAACCCGGCCGGUUUCUGGGUCAUAGAAAAUCACUUUUUGCGAGAAAUGGUCUCGCUAGGACCUUCCAAGUUAUCAAUUUUACUUUUAGCUAACUUUCUAUUAGAAGAGGAGAGAUAAAAACACAGUUGAAGAAACCAAUUCUUCGUAAUUAAUGUUCUGGCGGCGUCUCUGAAGUUAUGGUUUCAUUUCUUGUAGUUCGAUGAAAAUACAAAGAAGCAGGAUUCAGAGAAAUAUUUCUGUGAUGAUGAAUGAUCUAGACCACCUUUCAAGUUCCAAACUUCGACUUCGAAAAACUGCCAUUCUCUUAUCUUCGUUGAUACAAAAUUUAUAGACUGUCUAUACUUCAUGGACCGUCUUUCGCCUUUCUUCCGGCCUUGACGACUUUCGCCAACACUUUUCCAUGCACCGACGAGAUCAACGGCGACGAUUGGAACGAGAAAAUUCUCAUUGUCAGUUGAAGGAUUUGGGUUUUUGAGAAAGAAAAGGUUGGACUGUACGAAGGCUCUUAGAAGAAAAAGGACGAACUAGAAUUAUUUAGAGUUCUGUAGAAAUAGUUUAACUUUGAGUCUUUCUUCAUGGAGUAGACAAUUAGGCCUGCGUCCUAUUUAGAGACAUUUAUUUUUCGUUCUUUUUGAGCUCACCGAAGCUAUAUUUCUUUCAACAAAAUUCAUUAGUUCGUGAAAUUUUUUUACAGAUAUGUUUCCUCAAAUUCAGUCAUUCUAAACAUUUCUACGCAAGUCGUGGACUUGCGGAGUUUCAAGCUAUAUUUCGUUUAUGGCCAUAUCCAGGUUUUAUUCAAAUUAAAUUUCUGUCGAGCCUCUUUUUCAAGAUUUCGUUAGAAUUCUUUUGAAGUCCGGCCAUACUCGAUUUUUUUUUCUUUGUGUAUUGUCAUACUGGAAAAGGGGUUAUAAUCAACUGAUCUGGCAAAGAUGAAAUGAAUCCAAAGUUGUUGGUUGAAGAUGCAAGGAAGCUUGUUCGUGGCAGUGUUGGUGAUGCCGCUGUUGGGACUGACGGGGCUCGUCGGCCAAGUGGCGAGGUUCAUCGGACCCGUCACCGUGGUCCCGCUCCUCGCCCUGCUCACCAUCGGAAGUGUUCCUGAGCUCGAGUCGAAGGUCAGCCAGCACUGGAUUUCUAUCGUGUGAGUUACUCUGCAUUUCGGUAGGAUUCUCGGCAAAAUAUCAAUCACUUUAUACGAUCAUGAAUUACAUAAAUAUUUUUGAUUCGUUCGCACAAGUUCAUCGUUAAUUUAUAAAAAAAGAGUCCUCUCAAAUAGAUUUUUGCUUUCGGAAAAAUUACUCCAGUGCAAUACGAACAAUUCUUAAGAUGAUGGAAAACGAACCGUUUUUAUUUUGAAUACGGUUUCAAAAAAUUAUCAAUUGUCGCCAAGACAACAUCUUACAAAUAUAUCAAAUUGAAUAUUUCAUAGCCAAGAAACUUCUGUGAAAAAAAGAAAAACUAAAAUCGAGGAGGGUUUUUUUCAAUUUUUUUCAUUUCAAUUUCAUUUUUUUCAGCUUUUUGGAUCUAUAUAUUUUUUUACAGUAGACACCCUGCGCUAUUUCAAUUGAACUGUUUGAAACGCGAAGAGGAGACGACCUGUCUACUUCUUAUUUUUGAAUGACCUCUGUUAUUACGAAUUUCGGUCUUUGCAGGGAGUUCUCCACUCUGAUACUGCUGGUCAUCUUCCUGGAGGAAACUCGCGUGCCCAUCCCUUACUUCUCCUUCAAAGAUCGUUCUUUUCGAGUUGUGAGAAUGCGUCUCUUCGGCCAGUUCCCGGUGAAUCAAAGAUAACUUUCAUCAGCACUCUUCUUCUUUCGCAGUACCUGAUCGGAAUCGGGUUCGCCUGGCUGGUUUGUUGGGUGAUGACGGUCACGGACCUCGAGCCGGCUGGCAGCGUCGCCCGAACCGAUCUGAACACCAGUUUAGCGGUGUUAAGAGAGACGCCCUGGUUCCAAGUUCCCUUUCCUGGUGAGGCUUUUCUAAAUCUAUUUAUUAUGAAAAUGAGAGAAAAAAAAAUCCCAGGUCAUUUCGGGAUGCCGAAAAUCAACGCGGCAGUGGCCUGUGGCUUCGUCGCCUCUUGUAUUGCCUGCAUGAUAGAAAGCAUCGGCGACUACGGAAUGUGCGCUCGAGUGAGAUCUUUUUUCUAUGAUCUGAAAGUAGUCGGAGUUUCGAGGUGUCUGAACAAGCACGGCCGCCGACCUCUUCAAUCAACCGCGCGUUCGUCGUCGAAGGCUUCGGCUGCAUGUUGGCCGCUCUCAUGGGUGUCGGCACUGGAGUGACCACUUACGCAGAAAACAUCGCUGUCAUGCACGUAACCAAGGUAAAAAUCGUUUGAGAUAGACUAUUCUCAUUGCUUUUGCAAGUUCGAAAUAUUAGGUUGGCAUGAAAGAAAUGCGGCUCGUUUUUGUCGGCUUCUAAUUAAUCCAAGAAGCAAUAUUAUUUGGAACGGUAUUUUUUGUCGAAAAGGGCUUGUCCUUGUGCGUCAUUGGAUAUAUAACUUGCUGACGUUCUUUCCGCCUUUCUAUAAGAAAAAUAGCUCUGAAAACUUCCUUCCAAAAACUGUAUUCGCGGACCUAGUUUUCGCGUUAUUUCAAAAAGUACAAAUCAAUUUCAGAAGCACCCUUUCAAUAUUAUGAUCACCAUUGAUGCUUUUUUCUGAUAGUUAACAUUUUGAAUUGCUUUAGCGCUAUUCACUAGGCGAAAAGACCUUUGAAAUCAAAAAACACGAAAAAAUCGACGAUAAAGGCGAUUUUAAAAUGCCAUUAGACUGGAUCCACAACAGACGCCUGUGAAUCUGGCUCAUCAGUUAUUACACACCCAUAGCUGCAAAAGAAAACAGUUUUUUUACGCAACGGAGUGCAAAAAAUGAGAAAUGAAAAAUGGCUUCACAAUAUCGCUUUUUCGUUUUUUUGCGAAAAUGUGUUUGCCCAAAAUUAGAAAAAUUGUUCUGCAAAUUUUUGCUUUUUCCGCUACAUUGCUCAGACAUGGCUCUUCGCAUUUAUCAUCUGUCCGAAUCAUUGGAUCGCUUAACAGCCAAAAAAAAAAUUGAAAAACUCCGAUGAUGUCCAAAUUUGGGGGUGCAACUUCUUUGACACGUAGCCGGCCCAGUUUGUCAGGGAGAGUAUCCAUUCUCUGCGUGAGCAUUGUUGACAAGGUGCUAAUACAGAUAUAAAUCACAUUUCGAAUUGAUUUGUGAUAACCUUGCUUUUAUGAUAAAAUGAAACGACAUCAAAAACACGCAUUUCUUUCCUGCCACCCUAAUAGAAAGACUGGCAGUUGAAAAGAAAACGGAGUUGGUUGGAAAAAGUUAGUUUUUGGACCCCAUUCUCUGAGCUCAUCCUUUGAAGAAUGGGGGAUCGUGAUGAAUGCAGGUGACGAGUCGAGUGACGAUGCAAGUGGCAGGAGGGAUGCUCAUCGCCGUCGGCGUCUUCACCAAGUUGGCGGCGUUGCUCGCCACGAUCCCCGAGGCGAUCAUCGGCGGCGUUCUCGGCAUGGGCAUCAGCAUGAUAGCCGGCGUCGCUCUCAGUAACCUGGCUGUAGGUCUCCUCCGGCUUCAUCCUUCAAAUCUUUCCCCAGAUGGUCGACCUGAGGAUCUCGAGAAACCUCACUAUCAUGGGAGUCGCCAUCAUCAUGGGCUGCACGAUUCCGACACAUUUUGAGCUUCAUCCUCUUGCCACCAGUAACUUUCGAGUUUCUUAAUGAAUUCCAGAAGCGUGUUGUAGGCCACAAACAGAUCGACGACAUUCUCAACACACUUCUGAAAAUCAAAAUGCUCGUCGGAGGUGUCAUCGCCUUCGUUCUUGAUAAUCUUGCUGGUGGUGAGUUUCUUGGGCUACCGACUAAAUUUUCAUCUACUCAAUCGGUUUUUAUUAACAUUUUUCUGAACAGGUGCUUCACGAGCGCAACGCGGAUUCGUAGUGGAAUCGGACGACGUCGAAAGACCGUCAAUCGCGCUCGAUGGCUACGUUUUCCCUUCCGUCGUCAAUAGGUUGGUUGCGUCAAAUUAGCAGAUUGAUCCAUGCUGAUUGAAUGGAGAAUGUCUUGAAUCGACCGCAAAGUCGUUCUAAAUGCAAACAGCAGAUUGGAUUAUUGGCUAACAAAGUACAAGAAUUGACCGGUCAGAGCCUUCCUGAAAGUUCCUUCGGUGAUGAAGCUUCCGUUCGUUCCUUCGCGCAAAUCUGUCGACUACACCGAAAAGAGCCGAUCCUCUCUUUCCUUGGCCACCGGCGCCGGCACACCGAUAUGA